UACGAUUAUUUUGAAUAAAGUUUUUCUUUUAGAUAGCAGUAGUCUUUAAAAACUUGAUGCAGAGACUUGGCUUUGAAAAGUUUUAUGUUCAAGGAGGAGAUUGGGGAUCUGUUGUUGUUUCUAAUAUAGCUAUCCUUUUCCCAGAAAAGGUGAUUGGUAUGCACAACAACAUGUGCACUUCGCUUGGACCACGCGAUUUGUUUUGGUACAUAGUUGGUUCUUAUUUACCGUGGCUAGUAAUUGAGAAUGAGCAAGACAAAGAAUUUUAUCCCGUUAGUAAAUUUCUAGGAUUUCUAGUUCAGGAAAGUGGAUAUUUUCAUAUACAAGCUACAAAGCCAGACACAGUGGGAGUUGGACUCUCAAGUUCGCCAGAUGGUCUAGCAGCAUACAUUUUAGAAAAAUUCAGCACAGGAACAAAUUCAGCAUAUAGAGAACGAGAUGACGGUGGUCUACUAGAAAAAUUUACAUUAGACGAACUCCUAGACAACAUAAUGGUGUAUUGGGUAACCAAUAGCAUGACCACAAGCAUGCGUCUCUAUGCUGAAAAUUUCUCUUCGUCUUACAGAGCUUUAAAAAUUGAUCGAAUGCCUAUAAGGGUACCUACAGCUUGUGCAGUUUUUCCUCACGAAUUACUAUCUGUACCCAAAUUUCUACUUAAACAAAGAUAUCCUAAUGUGAUUCAGUAUAACUAUUCACCACGCGGAGGACACUUUGCAGCUCUCGAAGAGCCUCGACUUUUAGCCGAUGAUGUGUUCAAUUUUGUAAAAAAGACAGAAGAAAUGAAUAAUGAUAACAAAGUAAAUAAGUAAAUUAAUAGAAGAUCUGGCAUAAUUGUUAAUAUAUUUUUUUGUAAAAAUAGUGUUAUGUUUCAUAAUAAAUAUGAAAGAAUAUUUA